AUGAUCACCAGAAUCAAUCACAAUGCAUUUCAUGCAAUUACUAUGGCUCCUCAUCCCCUAGACCUCAACGAUCCCACCUCCAUCAAACAAGCCGCCCACGAUGUCGCCGCCAAUAUGCUCUCCCACUACACGGGGAUGAAACCCGGCGACAACCCGGGCAACCUCCCACCCCCAUACUACUGGUGGGAAGCCGGGGCGAUGUUCAACGCCCUCAUCGACUACUGGUACCUCACGGGCGACAGUACCUGGAACGCAAUCACCACGCAAGCCCUGACCUGGCAGGCCGGGCACACGGGGACCUUCAUGCCGACCAACCAGACCAAGACGGAGGGCAACGACGACCAGGCCUUCUGGGGCUUCGCAGCAAUGUCCGCCGCGGAGCGAAACUUCCCCGACCCAGAUCCCGCCCACGGACCAGGGUGGCUGGCGAUGGCGCAGGCGGUGUUCAACACGCAGGCGGCACGGUGGGACGAGAGUACCUGCGGCGGGGGGCUGCGGUGGCAGAUCUUCAGCUUCAACAAUGGGUGGAAUUACAAGAAUACCAUUUCCAACGGGUGUUUCUUCAAUCUAGCCGCCAGGCUGGCGCGGUACACGGGCAACAGCACGUAUGCGGAGUGGGCAGAGCGGAUCUGGGACUGGACGGUGGACGUGGGCUUCAUCACGGACGACUGGCUGUUUUACGACGGGGCGGACGUGCUGCUGGAUUGUUCGGACUUUAAUCGGAUCGAGUGGACGUACAAUUCCGGAGUGUAUCUGCUGGGCGCGGCCAACAUGUACAAUUUUACGGAGGCUGACCCCCGGUGGGAGGCGAGGACAAAGCAUAUCCUCGAGGCGACGGAUGCGUUUUUCGUCAAGGACCCAGCCAUGGUGAUGUACGAGCGGGCCUGCGAGCUCGUGAAUACCUGCCAGGUCGACCAGCGGUCUUUCAAGGGGUUUCUCGCCCGCUGGAUGGCGGCAGCCACGCAGGUCGCCCCCUUUACGUACGACUGGGUCAUGCCGCGGCUGCGGGCGUCAGCAGCUGCCGCGGCAAGGACAUGCACUGGCGGUCCGGAUGGCGCCGCGUGUGGACUGAAAUGGACGACGGGGGUAUGGGAUGGCAGUGAGGACGUGGGAUUGCAGAUGAGUGCACUGGAGGUGAUGCAGAAUCUCUUGAUCGACCGGGUAGAUCCGCCAGUCACGGAUGCCACCGGGGGAACUUCAAUCGGCGAUCCGAGCGGAGGAAUGGAGCAGCACGAUCCAAGGCCGCAGGUGCUGACGAUGACUAUCACCGGGGCGGAUCGCGCGGGGCGGGACUCCUGA